CCUGUGCAACGUUGCUGGCUCAAGACGACGACUUAUAAAAGACGGACGACGGAGCUGGAUGAUGCAAAGCAAUAAUAAAAAGACACACCAAUUUCACUUCUGACCAGCCAUCAGCUCUUCCCGAAUCCAACAAGAGCAACAGCAUCAACAAAAACACCACCACCACCACCACCCCAUCCACCAUGCACGCCACAUUCUUCUCCCUCGGCCUCGCCGCCCUGGCCACCGCCGCCCCGACCCUGACCCUCCGCCAGGCGCCGCACUACCCGCCCAGUUCGCUAUCCAAGGGCUUCCGGCUCAUCGCCAACGUCACGGAUCUAUCCCGCGACCUCACCCCGUCCGUCCACGGCUUCGCCCUCGGCGGCAUCCACAUCGGCCCACCCAACAGCCGCAGCGUCCUCUCCCCACAGGCCGACAACACCUCGCGCGUCUUCUACCUCAACGGCACCGCGGCCGACCUCUCCCUCAACGCGGCCCGCGUCGUCAGCGACGCCGGCACCCCGCCCUUCCCCUGGGGCGUGCGCGUGCAGUCGCGCGACGAGUUCGACGUGCCCGCGAACCCGGGCUCGCACGCCACCUUCAUCAACGGCGGGUCCAGCGCCGAUGUGGGCGUCACAAGGUUCCCGGACCCGUACAGCGUGCUGGCGAACCGCAAGGACGGGCCCGGCGGCACGUUUGUGGCGUGCUACCACGAGGUGCCCUACUACCGGCGGCCGUUCGUCGUCGUCGACUACGCCUACUCGACCGUCGACCCGGCCACGCAGCUGCCCGUGGUCGAGGUGCCCGAGGGCUGCGCGCCCGUCACGCUGAUCCCGCAGUGCGCCGAGCUCAACGACCUGCCCGCCGACGCCGUGUCCAGCCACGAGUUUGCGCUUGACCAGAAGUGCUACGAGGACGUGGCCGCCAUCGACUGGAGCCAGUACGGCCCCUGAAGCCCGGGCCCCUUUGGUGGCUUCGUAUUAUGGGAUGUUAAUGAGGCAGACGUGAGAUGAAAGAUGGGAUCAGCUGCACAUACAAGACACACAUUCCUUUGGUACAUGGACAUGACGCACGACAUGAGAAGCGUGACUAGCUAGCAUUUACAUCUUAAUAAUAUUUGCGCUUAGAAACGGUAGCAGAGAACUGCAGCA